AUGGCAGACUCUGGCGAUGCGGCUACGCCGCUCAAGAUCAACAUCAAGGGCCCCUCGGACAUCAAGCUCACCAUCGAAAUCACUUCCGACCAGACCGUGCGUCAGCUCAAAGAGGCCAUCGAGAAGCAGAAGCCAGACGUUCCCGCCGAUUCUCAGAGGCUCAUCUACGCCGGCAAGGUGCUCAAGGACGAAGAGGCGCUCUCGGUCUACAAGGUCAAGGACGGCAACACCAUCCACAUGGUCAAGUCGGCUGCUCGAUCCGCACCUACCACGGGCAACCCAUCCGUGCCUGGAACAGCACCAGCAGCAAGCAGCGGCUCGAACAAUGCCGCCUCUUCGCAGGCGCAAGGCGUACCUUCCAACUUUUCCGCAGGCCAGAACUUUACCAACAACCCUCUGUCGGCCUUGAAUCGCGCCGACUACGCCGGUCCGCACAUGGCACGACUCCUCAAUGAGAGCGGCGGAGCAUUCGGAGGAAUGGGUCUCAACCCGCGCGACCCCAACAUGAUGAUGGGAUUGAUGCAGAACCCCGAGGUGCAGCGCCAGAUGCGUGAUAUGAUGUCUCGUCCCGAAUUCAUCGAUCAGAUGAUCGCCAUGAACCCUCAGCUGCAAGGCAUGGCGCCCCAGAUGCGCCAGAUGAUGCAGUCUGAGCAGUUUCGCGAAAUGAUCACCAAUCCCGAGACCAUGCAGAGGAUGACGCAGAUGUCGCAGCUUAUGGAGAGCGCUGGAAUGGGAGGAGGUAUGGGCGGCAUGGCAGGCUUGGGUGGUCUAGGUGGCUUUGGUGCCGGUGGCGCUGGGGGCGGCGCUGGACAGUGGCCGCCUGCUGGUGCGUUUGGUGAGACUGGAAGCGGAGGCAACAGUAACAAUGGCAACGACGGCGCCCAUCGCAACCUCUUUACCGCCGCCGGCGCUGGCGCCGGUGGCGACAAUGCCAACUCCCGCGACGCUGGUCAGGGAGCUCCGCCAAAUCCGUUUGCGGAUCCCUCGUUCCUGCAGCAGAUGUUCGGUGGAGCAGGAGGCAGUGGAGGCGCAGGAGCAUUUGGAGGACUCGGAGGACUCGGUGGACUAGGAGGAUUCGGUGGAGGAGCUCCAGCAUCGCGAGACUCGAGACCACCCGAGGAGCGCUUCUCGUCUCAGCUCGAACAGAUGCAGGGGAUGGGCUUCUACGACGGUCAGGCCAACGUCAGAGCAUUGCUCAUGGCAGGUGGAAGCGUAGAAGGUGCGAUCGGUAUCCUGCUGGACAACCCGAACCCACCUGCGCCGGGACAGGGAAACUAG